AUGGUCCGGCUGUUUGAAGAGAUGAGCUACCGAGACGGAGUCGUCUAUUUUUUGCCUAUUUACAACUGGUUUUGCGUGGUCGACAGUGUGACACAAAUCUAUCAACAUCACGCUGUUCAAACAAAGAGGAAGACAGUGGCUGAAGAGCUAGAUAUCAUCAGAGAUAUUCUGAAACAGCUCCAAUCUAAAUGGCCAUCGGCUAUAGUGGUUCUGGAUUGGAUAAACUGGAUAGUCAGUAGCGACCGAGCUGCUGACGAGGUUGUGGUCCACUUCUCCAAAGCCCAACCCGCAUCCAUUCAUGAAGAAGACGGAGUUGAAGAGCCUUACCUGGGGUCAUUGACAUUGAAAACUUUGUUUCCGUUUCCCCCUAGCAUGUGCCCGAACAUGAACCUCUUGACCAAAGGCUCUGCGACUGAACAUCAAUCAGGAAUAUCUCACUCGGACCUCCCCGACAAUGAUUUUCUGCCUGGGAUCUUUGAUGACAUGCCUACGAAUGCUGGAUUUUUUGACAUACACCAUGAAAACCCCCAUCUAUCCAACUCUUUGUCCGACACAUUUGACUAG